CCUUUUUAUAUCCAUCAUGGCUUGCUCUGUUAGUCCUCACCUCCGCGGUGCGUUGCCUUGUUCAAGCGGCUAGGCUUGCGUGUUCUAGGAAGUCAACAACAGAAAGCGGUGCCGGUCCAGCCCACUGCAGCCUAAAGUGAACCUUGCGAACCCUUCACCCCAUCUAUGCCACUUGGAUGUUCGUGUUCAGCAGCUGGCGUGGCAGCACAAUGGAAGCAUAUUAUAUCCGUGAUCCUUGAGCUUGUGAACCUCUUUGAAUGUUGUGCUGCCUCAGAAGACCAACACCACCAAACACCCCGCCUCUCCCGCGUCGCACAACGGGAGUUUCGAUGCUUGCCAAACAUCACUGGUCCUCAUUGCCGUCCUUUUGCUGUUGGCAACGCUUCCGGCAAUCGGCCCACCCGUAAAACACUCCCAGCUUCCACCGGGUUCCUGCCUUUGCCUGCCCUUAACUGAACUGCCCUUCACUGCGUGGACUGCCUCAGGUUUC